AUGACAACUAGGUCAAAGGCAUCCAGAUCGGCUCAAGCUCUGACAGCUACUCGCCAUCCUCUUCCUCUUGCCUUAUUCUAUGAUGCUACUACUCAAGAAGAGGAGCCAUCUUCUUACAAACAGGCUGCUAAAUCCCCUCAUUGGUGUUCUGCUAUAGCUGCUGAAUUUUAUGCACUACUUCAGAAUGACACUUGGGAAUUGGUUACCUAUGAUUCCUUUAUGAACGUAGUUGGGUCCAAGUGGGUCUUCAAAAUCAAACGACACCCAGAUGGCUCGAUUGAAUGUUACGAGGCCUAUCUUGUCAUGCAAGGUUUCACUCAAGUUCCGGGAGUUGACUUCAUUGAGACCUUCAGCCCUGUGGUCAAAUCGGCAACUGUGCAUACUGUUUUGUCACUAGCAGUUUCCUGUGGUUGGGAUAUCUGCUAG